AUGGACUCUGCGAAACGAAAAAGAAGACGGGUUGCCGACGAAGAUCGCAAAAGGGCACCCAGAGCGGAGCGAUCGGCUUCUAUUCAGGAUUCUGCAUCUAGUGACCUCGCCGAACCUGGAGUAGUCAGUGCAUCAAGCAACAGCCAAUCACAACGACUGCCAGAUAGUGUGAAUCAUAAUGAUCCACUUUCUCCGGCAUCAGUUUUGUCUCAGAGGCUCGCCGAACAUGUUGUUGCAGGUCAAUCCAAAAGAGCACCAUGGCCAAACAUCCUCUCCCGCCUGAGGGAGGCUUUCUCGCUAGAUCCAAAUACUGGCCCUGAAGAAAAAGACAUGGUCGCCAUGCAAGCCCAUAUGACACGACCAAAAGCACUUCAUCCAUCUGAGAUGGCGCGUUUACAUGCAGCAAUUGACGCAUUUCCCCCACGCCCCAUCGCCAACUUUUUGCUUUCGGUGUGCAUUAAACAUGCAACAGAUACAUUCUUCUAUUUUGACCAGGGCCAAAUAUUGUCCGAGAUUGACCAGUUUUACGUAGACACCACCUCGCCGUUGAGGUCUGAUUUGAGCUUUGUCUGUCUUGUAUUGGCAACAUUCGCACUAGGCAGUCAAUGGGCGCCACUAGAAAGACCAGAUGAAUAUGCACUCGGCAUACAUUGGGAUAAUGAUGAUUUGGGCCAAGUGUUCUAUACUCACGCUAAAACGCUUAUCCCCGACUUGAUUGAUCGACCCUGCCUCCGAUCCAUUCAAGCGCCUUUCCUGUUAGGCGUCUAUCUAAUGCCAGCAAGUGCCAUUGGGUCAUCCUAUAUCUACAUGGGCUUGGCAUUGCGGAAAGCACUGGCAUUUGAUCUCCAUCUAAACCCAGAGGAUCAAGCAGUUGAUGAUCGGGAGAGAGAGAUCCGGUGUCGGUUAUGGUGGUCUAUAUAUUCCCUCGAGAGGUGCAGCACUGUCAAACUAAGCAGGCCUCGCUCUAUCGGUAUCAAUGUGGUCAAAGUGCCACAUCCAUCGCCUCUCCCAGAACUGGAUCGCCUACAAAGAUACAACAAUGUUCAAUUCCAGAUGGCGUACACUCGCCUGAUCAAGAUCCUCGAUCGAAUUGCCGAACCGUGGUAUGUUGCGUCAAAUCCUAUAGAGCAAUACAAACUCACAUAUUAUUCUAGUGGCGCUGUCACCGAAGCAGAACAGCAGUCAGAAGCCGAAUAUCUAGCUUCUGAUCUUCGACAGUGGAAGAAGUCCUUACCACUAGACUUCAGGCUUGACAGCAUGGACCCGAAAGACUCAAGAUACCGCACGAUCUUCCAUCUCUAUUUAAAUUAUUACUAUGCGUGGAUAACCAUGACAAAAGUCGCCCUCGUAACCGUUGCCCGAACGAGCCUUCGCUGUCAUAUGCUUCCGACAUCGCGCCCUCCUGACCCAAGCGAGGCUACUAUGCGACAAUCUCGAUAUUGUGCAAAGGCAGGCAGAAAGCUUCUCCUGCUAUUCGAGAACCUGACACAAACCCGCAACAUCACUCAUUUCUCAUUCACGGACUUUCAGGGUUGCAGUAUUGCGACGAUCGUGACACUAGUGGCUGGAAUUACGGAACGCGACUCAGGAUACAAUGCUCGAGUUACAUUUGGUCUAGAUUGCCUUCGGAAAAUGGCGGCUGGGAACAUGACAGCAAAACUGGGGGUGAAGUUUGUCGAAGCCGUACGGUCGAUAACAAACGAGGCCACGCAGAAACUCCAUCAAGCGUCCUCUACAGCCAACGAAACGCAGGAUGUAGAAGCUUCGGCUUCCGCAUCUGAUUACAACCAAUGGGCCGAAUGGCUUACUAGAUUGGAACGCUCACGGACACUGGAACAAAUAGCAGUUCAUGAGAUAGAGCCCGGUGUGCCGUUCUCACAUACUGUACUGCACCCACAGUCAAACGAGAAUACGUCCGACUGGAGGAGUACCGGUGAACAGUACAUCUCGGAAAUCUCAAUCCCACAAAAUCUAGCACAUGGAUCAACGACGCUGCGGGGGUUCCAGUCUACAGAGUACGACUUUCUGUCGGGACUCCAGAGUGAUGAUCCAACUUUUCUCAUGGGUUUGACUGGGCUUGAUGUCCUAGACUUCUCGGGGCUUACAUAA